AUGGACGAGGCUCAUCGUGAGGCACACGCUGCUAGAACGGAUUCAGGCCAUCACUUCCACUCACCACACUCCCACGUCCACUACAGACCAGACCACAGUGGAGUCCACUAUCCUUGGGAGCCCCCUCACCCUCCGUCUCACUAUCAUGGCGGAUUUCACCACCCAAAUGAAUCCCAGCACUUCCGCGAGUCCUCAGACUCUCAAGAUGGUGCCUUCUUCCAUCAGUCCCAUCACUAUAACAAAUCCCGCCUCUCCACAGCAUCUAACAGUCCCAAGAUGGAUCUCAUCCCCACACUGAGUCCCACCACCAUCACAGACAGUCCCAACAUUACUAUCAUCGAGGUAGUGAGGCUUCCUCCCACUUCUCUACUGCGUCAUCCAGCAGAAAGGAUGCUUCCCACCAGGGGAGAUCCCAUGAAUCCCAUCACCAAGCCCACCAAGACAGCAGGCAUCAACCUACUGAAUCCCAACACCACGAAAAGCCACCUCAUUCUGAAGAGAGCCCCUCCCACGAGUCCUUUGAGGGGUCCUCCAAGCAGGGAAGACAUCACCACCAUGGCGGCCAUCAUACAGGCCCCCAAGCCACCCAUCGCCAUGAAGUCCCACAGCACCUUCGGCGUCUCCCCUUCUCGUAUGGGGGCCAAAAGCUCAGUCUUCAGUGUUCCUCGCUCCCACUUGACAAGUCGAUCGGGCACCUCUCAUGUUUCCAGCAGAAUCCAUCCCAAGGAGAGCUCCAGAGAAUCCGACUCCUGGAGUGAAGAUGACCACAUUCAGAAGCGCAAGAGGACACAGCGGACCCACAAGAAAAUGCGUUCUGGGAAUAUCUUCCAAUUGAUUUGGGGGAAAAUAUGUCGCCUCAUUUGGGGUCUCCGGCAAAUGAUGAUGUCACUGACUCAGUCCCUGGGCUUUGAGACCUUCAUCUUCAUCGUGGUCUGCCUUAACACAGUCGUCCUUGUGGCCCAGACCUUCACUGAGCUAGAGAUCAGAGGUGAAUGGUACUUCAUGGUCUUGGACUCCAUUUUCCUCUCGAUCUACGUAAUAGAAGCCGUGCUCAAGCUAAUUGCCCUGGGCCUGGAGUAUUUUUAUGACCCAUGGAACAAUCUGGACUUCUUCAUCAUGGUCAUGGCGGUGCUGGACUUUGUGCUUAUCCAGAUCAACUCCCUAUCCUACUCGUUCUACAACCACAGCCUGUUCCGGAUCCUCAAAGUCUUCAAGAGCAUGCGGGCUCUGAGGGCCAUCCGGGUUCUUCGGAGGCUCAGCAUCCUCAACAGUCUCCACGAGGUGACAGGGACUCUGAGCGGAUCUUUGCCGUCAAUUACAGCCAUCCUGACCCUCAUGUUCACCUGCCUCUUCCUCUUCUCUGUGGUGCUCCGAGCGUUGUUCCGGAAAUCGGACCCCAAGCGUUUCCAGAACAUCUUCACCACCCUGUUCACCCUCUUCACUAUGCUCACCUUGGAUGACUGGUCCCUCAUCUACAUGGACAGCAGGGCCCAGGGGGCCUGGUAUAUCAUCCCCAUCCUCAUGAUCUACAUCAUCAUCCAGUACUUCAUUUUCCUCAACCUGGUGAUUGCUGUCCUGGUAGAUAACUUCCAGAUGGCGCUUCUCAAAGGCCUGGAGAAAGUGAAGCUGGAGAAAGCUGCCCGGGUCCACGAGAAGUUGCUGGAUGACUCUCUGACAGAGCUCAACAAAACAGAUGCUGAGGCCCAGAUGAGCGACAGUGCCUUGCAGGCACAGUUUAUUGAGAGGAUGUUCAGCACCAUGACAGAGAGGCAGCGGGAGCUCCACUUCCAGUACCUACAGUUGGUGGCAUCGGUGGAGCAGCACCAGCAGAAGUUUCGUUCCCAAGCAUCUGUCAUCGAUGAGAUUGUCGACACUGCAUUUGAGGCUGGAGAAGAGGAUUUCGGGAAAUGA